UUGAGUAUGCAAAUGACCUACACAUCAUAUGGGCAAAAAAUGGCGACUCACGGAGAAGGAACUAGCACUAGCAGUUGCACCGGCCAAAACAAUGAAAAUAUGGACCCUUCAGACAGACUGAAACAGCUUUAUCCUGCUGUAAAUGAAGAGGAAACACCCUUGCCUAGGAUAUGGAACUCCAGGAAUAAAUCUACUUUCAUCGGGCUACAUCAAAACAACCUUCGAGUUCAUUACAAAGGCGUGGGAAAGACACACAAAGACGCAGCCUCCGUCACGACAGCGCACCCCAUCCCAGCUUCCACAGGAAUCUAUUAUUUUGAAGUCACUAUCGUCAGCAAAGGCCGCGAUGGAUACAUGGGUAUUGGUUUGUCAACAGAGGACUUUGUCAACAACAUGAACAGACUUCCUGGGUGGGACAAACAUUCCUACGGUUACCAUGGUGACAAUGGCCACACAUUCAACUCAGCAGGGAACGGGCAGUCGUACGGCCCGACGUUUACGACGGGCGACGUGGUAGGCUGCGGCGUCAACCUCAUAGACAACACAUGCUUCUACACCAAGAAUGGCGUCAACCUGGGUGUAGCGUUCACAGAUUUACCUAGUAACCUCUACCCCACGGUGGGGCUUCAGACCCCCGGGGAGAUUGUGGACACAAAUUUUGGUCAGAAUCCGUUUGUCUUCAAUAUAGAUGACCUCAUGCAGGAAAUGCGGAUGAAGACGUGCGCCACAAUUUCCAGAUUUCCUGUGCCAGACGACAAGGGGGAAUGGCAAAUGACGCUACACAGAAUGGUAUCAACCUACCUAGUCCACCAUGGCUACUGCUCAACAGCAGAGUGUUUUGCAAGGUGUACGGGUCAGACCAUUGCGGAAGAGGUAGCAAGCAUCAAAAACAGACAAAGAAUACAGAGGCUAGUCUUAGAGGGCCGCAUGGGCGAAGCCAUCGAGACAACCCAGAGACUAUACCCGGGCUUGUUAGAACACAAGCCCAACCUUGAAUUUAUGCUCAAAUGUCGCCAGUUUGUGGAAAUGGUCAAUGGGACGGACAGCGAGAUCCGGAGCCUUCGGAGUCCGCGGUCUCGCUCCUCCAGCCGGCACGCCAGUCCGGCCAUGAGUCCCCACCAUGAGAGUAUAUCACUAUCGACGUCCUCUUCCUCACACCACAUGGAGAUCCAAUCGCAUCAGGGAAGUAGUAGUAGUAGUAGUAGCCACAUGCACAGCAAACUGGGCUCAGGGUCACCCAAGAUCCACCAUCAGUCAGACCAGGCCGGCACCUCAGACAUGAACUCCCUGAACGGCUCCCCCAAAGGACAGAUCAUGAACGGGGGACCGCCGGCCAACAAGGACAUCUCGCACGAUCACGAAAUAGACAUGGACGUGGAGUACACACAUCAUCACCAUCAUCACCAUGACGACAGGCCCAGGGACGUUGCAAGUACCAAUGAUAGGAACCGGCGGAACGGGGCGCCGGUAAGAAACGGCAGUGUGCCAGUUAUGAAUGGGUCCUGUCCUGUCGACGACAUGGAUACAGAUGAUAUAGUUAUAGAACCUCGUAGUAUGAAGCGGCAGUUGUGUGGGGGCAAUAUGGCUGCAAUAGAGCGCAUGUUGUCCUUUGGUCGGGAGCUUCAGACCAUGUAUGACAGACUGUGCCGCGAGGUAGGACGGACCGAUACCAACCAGAAAGCAUUACAGGAUGCAUUCAGCCUGCUAGCCUAUUCAGAUCCAUGGAGUAGUCCUGUGGGUUACCAGCUAGACCCGGUACUCAGAGAGCCAGUAUGCGCUGCUCUCAAUAGUGCCAUACUAGAGUUGCAAAAUAUGCCGAAGCACCCACUGCUAGAGCUAGCCAUAGGCCACACGAUGGAGACCAUGAAGCUCAUGUCCAAAUACGGCCCUGGCUCUUGUGCCUUCACCAGCGUCCAAAGCUUCAUCCACUAACGCACACACACACACACACUCACCUGUGAGCCAUAGCCGCUCACUAUGUCCAAACUGGCAACAGUGGCUCACCGUCUCUCAAGUUCUUCAUUUAUUUUUAUUUUAUCUGGGGAGGGUAACGCUGAACCAGAGUGUGGACUUGGUUGCACAAGUUUCCCCUCAACGGUUACAAAGGGGGACAUUCAAACGCAUUGCUGUAACACCUGACCCUCAUGCAAAGACGCUGUGGGCUCCAUGCUUCAACAAAAGAGGGCGCGUUUUUACCACUUUUUGGGAGCCCCGUGGACGGGACACACAGCGGAGGAGUACUUGUGCACGGAGCCCAUAGCUUUGUGGACAUUCAGAAUAAGAUAAAAGUUGUGCGUACUUCGCGCUUAAUGGGCGCGAACCAGUGCGGGCACGUGGCGUGUCCCGUCCAUGGGGCUCUCGCAAGAGUGCCAUCUAGUGUUUUUGCAAGGAGUCCAUUUUCAGAUACACUUUCUGCAAGUUUUGUCAGAUGUCGUCGGUUGGACUUUUUCAGUUUUGACGUUUAAAGAAAGACAGCAUUUGGCUUCACGGACGGUCUCCUACAAAUUUUGGGUCCACUUUUUUUCCUGUACGUGUGACACCUGACAUCUAAGAGUACAUAAUUCGGGAUGCGCGCCUUAAUGCAGUCGUCCUCCCGAGAGUGAUUACGAAUCGCAAUUUACCGACCAAGAAAUACAAAAAUCAUUUGAAGUCAUUCCUAAUGAUACUUGGAAUGGCAUGUUAUAAAUGACCAAGGUAACAGGGACAGGAAAAAUGUCACAAAUCAGACCCUAAAUUUAUAGAAUAUGGAUAAAGGUGUUAACGACCUAUUAGAAGUAGGGAAGUCUUGUUCUGUGAAUAAGGCACAGUGUGAGUUCAGAACAUCUCAGUCCAGAAAUAGUAGGUACUUCAGAGGCUUCCAAAUGUAAUUUGUGAGGCCUUUUGUGUCUUACUUUGAGGAAGGCUGUUAACCCCUCAAAGACGGGAGCAGUUAUGGCCGCAGCCGCUAAUCCUCACUGGAAUGCAGUUGCCAGCUGUGGUAUGCCGUGGCGCGCGGCCAGUGGGUAGUUCCACAACGGCUGCUUUCGAGCAGUCCCGCUACCACACAAAGGCUGUGCAGUCAUGCAGGUCACUUGCUCUAUGUAUGGAGGAAUGUCCCCAUUACUCCCUGUUCUUUUAUAAGGGGUUAACAGAGAGAGGUGUCCGCAUUUUUUCACUUUUCCAUCAACCACACCCUUGGUCGUGAAAAUUGGGACAAAACUUCAAAAUUGCUCCCUUUUCUUGAUCUGAAAUCAAAUUGAGGGAAAACUUGUUGACAGGUGUGAAGAUAUCUUCACUGUAGAUGGCCAACAUAUUGAAUCCCAUUCUAGUAUGUUUAAUUUCAGUCCAAAUGUGUAGGAAAAUGGGGUUAGUGAAGUUGGGCCAACAGUUCUAAGCUAAAAUUUGCAUGCAAAUGCUACCUCACUCCAACAAGGUACCUUACUUUUGUCAAACUUUUUUUAUGAAUAGCCCAGCCAGCUUGUGCACAAUCAUAUGACUCCCCAGAGGAUGUGCAAAUGACAAAAAAAAUGCGCGUAGCAGCAAUGAUUCAGUGUAGUUAGAUUGGUUCGUCUUUAAAUUUACAGAAGACUUAAGCAUUUUAUGUUACACAGACGCACAGACGAAAUGAAAUCUCAAUAGCAGGGGAGACACGUGCAUUCCUCAUACCUCAAAAUUGUGUGACGUUAUUCAACUUAUCAGGGAGCAAACGUAGAGAGAGAGGGGCGUUGUAAAUAACAGAUCACACACUGGGUCCUUUGUAUAAACUCACUCUUACUAGGCAAAUCUCAUUGUAAUAUUGCUGUAAAUUUACAAAUUUUUAUGUAGAAUUUCUCAGUUCCUUUGUAUGUUCCCCCCCCCCCCUUGAUUGAAGAAUUCUCCUCUCUCCGAUUUCCUUCCAGGCAAGCAUAGGUGUCAGAACAGAUUAAUUAAGUUUUGUUGUUGAAAAUAAAAAUUAAUUGCUGUGCAUUUUGGACACAGCAAAACACUUGCAUCCUAAACAGUGCAGCCACUACAAUAAAAUCACCCUUCAUUCAAUGGCAAAACCCUAUGUACGGUACAUCACUGUACACUCGUGAGGCCCCCUUCAAUGGCGAAAGCAUUGUACCAGCUAUUGAUCAGAAAAUCCCUCAUGGGCAGUUGCUUUGUACAACAACUUGCACAAUUGUUUCUCCAUUGGAGGGGGCCUCAUGAGUGUACAGUGCAGGCGCAGAUCCAGAGAGGGGGUUUUGGGGGUCGAUUAUCCCCCACCCCCCCACUCCCCCCCCAUCUGUGACUCAAAUUUGUUUUCAUGGUUAUACUCCUUCAUUGCCCACUAGUGAUUUAGAUAUUACACAGAAAAAAAAAGUGUGGCAAGGUAUGGUUAGCAAGAGUGGGGCUCUUACAUUUUUUUUUUCAAUUUAAAAAAAUGCCUGAAAUUCUGUAAUUGCUAGAAGACUUGGACAAGGGUAACAAUGGUUGAUUUGAAAUUCAAACCCGGUUGUAUAGUUUCGUCAUACUACUGUAACUACUUGAAAUUCUGUUUAUUGUAUUUUAAUUUAAAAUGACCCGAGUGUGAAUUUUGUGGACAUGUAUUGAAGUUGCCAGAGUGUCAAACCAAGAAAAUGCAAUCAAAACGUUGUUUUUUUGUUUUUGUUUUGUUUUAAGUCCAACUUAAACGAAAUUGUUUGAAAUAUGGCAGAAGUAAUUUAUGUUAUUUGUAAAUUUAUAAAUUACUGAGUAGUUUAGAUGUUUUUAAUGGAUUAAUUUUUUUGGCAUAUAUAAUCUGUACAAUUUUAUUCCAUAUUGGAUCAGACUGGAUACGUUCAUACGUUGUCAUUAAUGCGCUAUUGCUUUUUUUUUUGGUUGAUUUUUUUCUUCGAAAUAAGAUUUGAGAUGUGCACGGUAACUAUCAUGCCCCAGGAUUACAUGUAUAAUUUGGUUUCAGAAAAAUGCAUCGAAAAUAUUGGGUCGAAUGUGUGCCAGUAGUGUAUUUACUUCCAUUGUCUUUGUAUUUAUUGCUGUGGAUGUUUUUUGUUUAUUUUUUUGUUUUUUCAAGUUUAAAAUAAUGUUACGAUCUCCCUUUACAUGUUGAAUGAUUGAAGAUGCAAGCAAUUAAUAAACAAACCAAUUUACAUUUUCAGUCUGGGUGUCCUAUUUA